UCGGAGUCGGUCGGACAGCAGUCCCAACUCCCUCAUACCUGCGCAGAUCAUCCCCAACAGGACAGUCGCACUGCAGCAAGCUGAGAGGAGCUGACAGAAAAUACUUUUUACAGCCAAGUCAAAGCAUCCUGCAUCAGCUGAAAUGCUGCUGAGAAGAAUCCGAUAUGUCCAAAUACUUCCACUUCUCAUUGCAGUGUGCCGUCUAACUCUGGCCUUCCCCACCCAAACACCAUCUGCAUUUGAUGAUGUCCAGCAGCUCCAGGUGAACAUCCCUCACUCAGGUCCGAUUUCCGCCCCACUGGGAAGCUCCAUCUCUAUCCCUUGUUUAGUAUCUCUGUCAUCCACAUCCACCUCCUCCUCCUCUCCUGUUUUACCACGCGUCAAGUGGACUGUGGUGGCUGGUGGGGUGGAGACACAUAUCUUGGUGGCAAGUGGUCAAAGGGUGAAGGUCAACGAAGCCUACCGAGACCGUGCCGCCUGGCUCAACUACACUUCCUCCCCCGAUGAUCUGUCACUGUGGUUGGGAGAUUUACGCCCCAGUGAUUCUGGUUACUAUCGUUGUGAGGUGCAGCAGGGCCUGGAGGAUGCCAGCGACCUUGUACAUCUCAAGGUCAAAGGUGUUGUAUUCCACUAUAGAGAUGCUUUGGGCCGCUAUGCGUUUUCCUUCCAUCAGGCCCAAAGGGCUUGUGAGGGCAUUGGGGCACAGAUCGCCACUCCUGACCAGCUGCUGGCAGCUUAUUAUGACGGCUACGAGCAAUGUGAUGCAGGCUGGCUGGCAGACCAGUCUGUCAGGUACCCAAUCCAAGUCCCCCGUCAUGCCUGUUAUGGAGACAUGAACGGCCAACCAGGCGUGAGAAACUAUGGGACAAUGGAUCCAGAUGAUCUAUUUGAUGUUUACUGUUAUGUGGAGGAAAUUGGCGGGAAAGUGUUUCAUGACUCCGCCUCACAGCAGCUGUCUUUUGAUGAAGCACAGUCAUACUGCAGAGCAGCAGGAGCAGAGCUGGCUACAACAGCACAGCUGUACUUGGCAUGGAGUGAAGGUCUGGACCACUGCAGCCCUGGCUGGCUGUCUGAUGGCAGUGUGCGCUACCCCAUCAUAAACCCUAGAGAACGCUGCGGAGGGCCUCAGGCAGGCGUCAAAACACUCUACCGUUUCAGCAACCAAACUGGCUUCCCAGAGCCAUCCAGCCUUCAUGACGUUUAUUGUUUCAGAGAUAAUAUAAAUACUCAUACCGACCCUCCCACGGAGUAUGUGGCUACAGAACUGGAGGACAUUGGACAGGAUGUUGUUAUUCUUAUGGAAACCGAUCAAGAGCUGCAACUGAACCAACAUGCAAAACAGGUGGAGCUCAAAGCUCAAAUGGUGCUGGAAUCUUUUCCCUUUUUCUCUAGCCCCUCCACUGAGGAAAAUCUGGUUGACACACACCCAACAGUUAUAUCAGACACAACAGAGUCUUCCCUCAACAGCACACCUACAUUGGACCUCCUCCAGGCAUUUGAUGAAACGUCAUCUCCUACAGAAAUGAGCUACGACUCCCAGCACCCUACAGCACAGAUGAACAGUACUAUCAGUGCCACAGAAACCUACGAUUCCCCACAAAACAUGUCGUUACUGCCCGAGGUUUACAAUGAGACAGAUUCCCACCAAAACUUGAACUUCACCUAUCACCAGACUGAGCCUGAAAGCACCAUAGGGUUUCCUGAAUCAUCAUAUGAACCUCACACACAUAACCAGACAGUUCCAGAUACAAAUCCCGAAGAAAAUACGCAGCCUUCUGAGAGGCCAAAGGAUUUUCAAGAAAUACAAGAGACCAACUUGAAACUUUACAAAUCACAAGCCAAUUACAAUGAGUCAGACAGCAAUCAUACUAAAGAGAAGAGUUUCUGGAAGGUGAAGAUGGAGGAGGCAGAAGUAGAAGAUCCUGUGUCUCUCUCAACUCAGGCCUCAAAAGAAGAAGAAUUUGUUACACAGCCAGCCCAAACUACAAAAUCUUCCAACAAGGAGCUUACCUCAUUGUGGGACAGUCUGGAUGGGUCUGGAGAUAUUUCUCAAGAAAGUGACCUUCAUGUCGAAGCAGUCGGCUCUAUCUCCAUAUCAGAGUCUUCUACUUCUAGCAUCACCACUCACCCGUCACCUUUUGUGGCUACUGGCGCUCCAGCUGAGCCUUGGACUGCACUCCCCGAUCUGACCCUCUCGUCUGAGUCACGCCAUUCUGACAAACUGGGCUUGGAUAUCGUCUCCACAGCACCACAGUUGUGGGAGUCCUCCAUUUCCAGUAAGGAGGGAAGUACAAGCUUAGAAAUUGAAGACACAGUCAAAGUGGAAGGUGAAGAAAAAAAGCAGCAGCCAACAAAGUCUGAAGACAACCUUGUUUCUGAAGUAAGUUUAGCCACGACUGAGUCUCCAGAGAGGUUGAACACCUCUCAGUUGCCUACUGAUUCCACAACAGUGCGGUUUCGUACAUCGGGUUACAGAGUCUAUUUGGACACUGCAACCACUGGGUAUGAAGAGGCUAGUGGACAUGAGCCUAAUACAGUUACUGCAACCAUUGAAGAGGAAAAUAAAGUAAACCUUACUCUUGAAGAGGAAUUUACCGUUACCCCAACCCUUGAAGAGAAAGCAAAUGUUUCUUUUUUACUAGGAGAGGAAGUUAAUGUUGCACCAAGCCUUGCCCUUGAAGAUGAAUCUAGCAUUGUCCCAACCCUUGCCCUUGAAGAUGAAUCUAGCAUUGUCCCAACCCUUGCCCUUGGAGAUGAAUCUACCAUUGCCCCAACCCUUGCCCUUGAAGAUGAAUAUAGCAUUGCCCCAACCCUUGCCCUUGAAGAUGAAUCUAGCAUUGUCCCAACCCUUGCCCUUGAAGAUGAAUCUACCAUUGCCCCAACCCUUGCCCUUGAAGAUGAAUCUAGCAUUGCCCCAACCCUUGCCCUUGAAGAUGAAUCUACCAUUGCCCCAAGCCUUGCCCUUGGAGAUGAAUCUACCAUUGCCCCAACCCUUGCCCUUGAAGAUGAAUAUAGCAUUGCCCCAACCCUUGCCCUUGAAGAUGAAUCUACCAUUGCCCCAACCCUUGCCCUUGAAGAUGAAUCUACCAUUACCCCAACCCUUGCCCUUGAAGAAGAAACUAACAUUGCCCCAGUCCUUGAAGAAGAGGCUAAUGUUUCCCUAUCCCUUGAAGAAGAAGCUAAUGUUACCCUAACCCCUGAAGAAGAGGCUAACAUUGCUCUAACCUUUGAAGAUGAAUCUAGUAGUACCCCAACCCUUGCCGUUGACGUAGAACCAAAGUUCACCCCAACCCUUGAGGAAGAAGCUAGCAUUGCCCCAAUCCUUGAAAAAGAAGCUGAUGUUGUCCCAACUUUUGAAGGAAAAGCUGAAGUUGUCCCAACCCAUGUCGUUGAAGAAGAACCUAACAUUGCCCCAAUCCUUGAAGAAGAGGCUUCCCUAUCCCUUGAAGAAGAAGCUGGCGUCGCCCCAGUGCUUGAACAAGAGAUUAAUGUUGCCCCAACCUUUGAAGAAGAAGCUAAAGUUGCCCCAACCCUUGUCAUUGAAGAAGAAACUAAUGUUUCCCCAACCCUUGAAGAAGAAGCUAGUGUUGCCCCAGCCUCUGAGGAGGAUUUCACCAUCUUUCCUAUUGAUUCACAAACAUCUAACUGGGCUCUUCUGACCACCACAACUGGACCCCAAGAGUCUUUGAAUGAUCCAGAUUACAGCAGAAAAACCUCCUCCAUCACCUCCACAGCAGCUCCAGAUUCCUCCUCAAGUACAAAACUCACUGAUGCUACAACACAGAAGACUAUCACCACUACCACGACCACCAAACACUGGUCAAGACGCACCUGGAGCCCGACCACCCCAACACCGAAUGUUUUUCACAAGACAGCUGAGCCCCAGAAGGUGACAGCCUUCAUACCACCAGUGGAUCAAGGUCUGGUGGAUGUUGAGUUUAGUCUCACCCCGCCGCCCACCCUGCUUAUCUUGCCCAAUGAGAGGGCCGCUGUAGGCGGUACAGGGAAAGUUUCAGAUGCCUGUGUGGACGACCCCUGUCUCAAUGGAGGCACCUGCACUGAGCGAGACGGUCAGAUUAAAUGUCUCUGUUUGCCAACAUACGGAGGAGACUUCUGUCAGACUGACGUGGAGCAAUGUGAACCGGGUUGGGAUAAGUUCAACAGUUUCUGCUACAGACACUUUGGCCAGCGUCAGAGCUGGGAGGUUGCAGAGCAGCACUGUCGCAUGCUGGGAGCUCAUCUGGUGUCCAUCAUGACCCCUGAGGAACAGAGUUACAUCAACAGUAACUACAAAGAAUACCAGUGGACUGGUUUGAAUGAUAAGACCAUUGAGGAUGAUUUCCGCUGGUCUGAUGGGAACCCGCUGCUGUAUGAGAACUGGUACAGAGGGCAGCCAGACAGCUAUUUCCUGUCUGGCGAGGACUGCGUAGUGAUGGUGUGGCACGAUGACGGGCGCUGGAGUGAUGUACCCUGCAACUAUCAUCUUGCAUACACCUGCAAGAAAGGCACCUCCUCGUGUGGUCCACCACCGAGGGUUCGGAACGCCUCCAUAUUUGGAAAAGUUCGACAGAGAUACGAGACCAAUGCAGUCGUGCGUUAUCACUGCGCUCAAGGUUUCCAGCAGAGACUAAAUCCUCUGAUCAGGUGUCUGUCUGAAGGCAGAUGGGAGAGACCCCAGAUCCUGUGCAUGCCUGAGGCCGGAGGUCCAACCCAACACCCUGAAGUGACGUCACAGACCAACAGCAACUUUGCCGCCAUUGAAGAUGGGUUUGAAGCCACUAAAGAGAGAGUGCAGUACUGGGACAUCAAGUUUUAAAAGCCAGCCACGCUUUCCUUGUCUUCUUUUCUUUCAGUUCUGCUGUUGUAACAUGACAAGGCGACAGGAAUAAAACGCUUUUACCAAUGAAUACACAGGACAAAAUGAACCACAGACGCAUAAAGACACAAAUCAAAGCUUCCUCUCAGCCAAGAAGCCUGAGUUCACAUGGGCUUUGUUUUUUUUGAGGGAGUUAGACAUUCCUAUUUUUUAAUGUCCUUUAGAGUAUUUCAAUUUUAUAAGAUUUUUAGAGUUUAAUGUAGCAGCUAGCAGAGCGUAAAAGAGGUUAAAGUGAUUGCCUGAUGAGUCCUUUUCACUAGAAAGAAACUGUAUAAUAUAGUAUGUCAGCUCCAAAUCUACAUUAAAUUGUUUUUGUGGUGUUUGUUAUAUCAAGAACCUUUUUACAGAAUGGUGCUAAUGUCUUCAAGACCUUUAUAUUCAACAGAGAAUUUUGUUUUCAGUGUGAUAGGAGUAGAAACAUGUUCCUGCUUUUUCAAAGAACCUAACGACUCCAAAGCACAAAGUCAAUCCUAACAAAUAGUCAAUAAACACUAUAUAUAUAUAUAUAUAUAUAUAUAUAUAUAUUAGUUUGCACAACUGUAAUUGCUGUUGCAUUUUUCUGUGAGAAACCUUUUAUUUCCGGCAGACACAGUUUUGUUCGUCAGCUUUAUGUUGUAAUAAAGUUUUGUAGAACAGAGCAAAGA